AUGGCAACUCCAAACCGCUUUGUAGCGGGGCCAUCUUUCUACAACUACGACAUGUACGGUGGAUUACGUUCCGGCGGCCUAGUGCGGUUCUUCUCGUCCGAGUUCGUGGGUCUCGUGGCCGCCACGUUCACGUCCGCGUUCGUCUACAUCGGCGCUCGCUACGGUCUAUUGCCCAUGGUUAGCAGCAAGUUGCAGCUCAGCGAGGACCAGACCGAGGCCAUGGAUCGAUUGGUGGAGGUACCCGCUGCCAUGGCCUUCUUUGUGGGGCUCUAUGCCGACGCAGUGCCGCUCUGGGGCUCGAGACGCAAGUCGUACAUGGUGUUGGGCAUGACGUUCAGUCUGCUGUGCUUGGCUCUGAUUGGCCUUGGCUGUCUCUUCGCGGAGGACUUGGACAGCGCUAUGGGCAGCAGCUUUAGCUACAUCAUGAUGCUGCUGAUGGGCGGCGUGAGCUUCGGCUCCAUGAUCAACUUCUGUUCGGUACACACAGCAGUCGUGACGCUCUCCCAACGCGAAAGUCUCGAGAGAAGAGGCGUGUUCCAGGCCGACUACUUGAUCAUGAGAGCCACAGGACAAAUCUCGGCCCGACUGCUCGUGUAUUUGAUCCAGAAUGUUGUGGAGAAACUCGAGAUUUCGCUGAUCUUGUUGGUCUUGAUGCCGUUAUCUGUGACGACGAUUGUUAUGGUCAUAGGCGGCCUUGACGAGCCGCCAGCGUAUCGGAAAGAAAGUUUGCGAUGCAAGUGCGAAAGCUACUGGAAACUCACCAAGCAGAAGGCGGUGUGGAAGAUCCUGGUGGUGAUUGCGAGCUUCGCCUUCUUCCUCAACUUUGCCUUCCCAGUGGUGACGAAUGCGCUAAGACAAUGGACUGCCACGACGGAUAGCGCAUCAGCGCUACUCAGCAGCAGCGUGAACGACUUGGUCAUGAUACUGACCGUGUUGAUCUGGCGAUGGAGACUCCGUAACAUGCUGUGGAAGAGGUUUUUCGCCUUAGCACCGGUACUGACCAUCAUUCCUCAAAUUGUAUUGGCCAUUUUGGUUAUCCCAGCGCUGUAUCGAAGUUCAGCCGUCUAUAUUGUCCUGACUGGAUUAGGUGGAGUGUCUUCGGGCAUCAUGGCGCUGGCUCUGCUAGUUCCAGUCACCGAGAUCAUCGAAGAAGGCUCGGAAGGGGGCGUCGUCGGCCUCGCGCUGUCGUUCAACACCAUCUUCAAGGUCUUCGCUGGCACACUACUCACAACGAUCCAGCGGGCAUCGUACUUCCCGUCCAGCGACGAAGAAGACACGACGCAUCGACGUUGGUCCAUCGCUAUCCUCGAACUCGUCACGUGCUGCAUCAACAGUUUAGCCUUCGCCGUCAUCCCCAUCUUGCCGCUCCAGAAGCUGGACGCACAGCUCGUGCGCAUGUACGGAGGCUUCACUGACCACGCCAGCGCUCUCAUCGCCGCCGCCUUCCUCACGUCGCUCGCCUACUGCGUCGCGUACAACAUCUACAUCUUCAGCGUCGCCAUCAACUGA